AUGGUGCAAUCAAAGAAGUUCAGAGGUGUCAGACAGCGUCAUUGGGGCUCAUGGGUUUCUGAGAUUCGCCAUCCUUUAUUGAAAAGAAGGGUGUGGCUAGGGACGUUUGAUACUGCAGAAGAAGCCGCACGAGCAUACGAUGAAGCAGCCAUUUUGAUGAGCGGUAGAAACGCCAAAACAAACUUCCCAGUGGCCGCCAAUAACAACAAUAACAAUCAAAAUCACCAUUCUUCAUCUUCUUCGUCCUCCUCCUCAUCUUUUUCUGAAGCUCUCAGUGCAAAGCUUCGGAAGUGCUGUAAAUCCCCAUCGCCAUCUCUUACUUGCCUGAGGCUGGACACAGAGAACUGCCACAUAGGAGUGUGGCAGAAGCGAGCAGGGCCUCGCUCUGACUCCAACUGGGUCAUGAUGGUGGAACUGGAAAGGAAGAAACUUGAAGGCUCAGAGAUGACGAGGGAGUCGCCGGCGCCGGAGACGGAGGAGGAAGAGAAGGUGAAACCAGAAGAAGAAAACAGUGAGCUGGACGAGGAACAGAAGAUGGCGUUGCAGAUGAUAGAAGAACUCCUUAAUAGGAAUUGAAAGCUCUGUUUCUUUCAUCGAUCGUCAAUGUCAAUGUGGGGCUUCGAAUAAUUAAACCUUUUCAUUUAUAUAGGACUCGGAAGCUCGUGCUUUCAUAUUCAUAUAACCAAAUGCUUCUCUUCCGUUUUUAUUAUUGUUGUUUUUAUUUUAGAAAAAUUAAUUUGAUGGCAAAUAUUUAAGGUUAUUAUCACGUAACUUUGCAAGUGUAGUGUCCUUUUCUUUUGUAUGUUUCUGUUAGUUGAAGAAUGGAAAAUUUGGUUGUAUCAAGAUUUAAUGUUAGUGUGAAAUGAAUAUAUCUC